UUCUGUUUGGAAAAGGUUCCCUCGAUUCUGUUUGGAGAACGUCCUGAUGUUCCUAUCGGCUAUUGAUCUUGAGGAGCGGUGAUCACGUGAUGCUGACCUGGUGCCAGCAGCAUUCUGUCACUACAGAUGCACUAUUAUGGGAUGAUGGACGUGUUUCCAUGGAGACGAGUCAGCUGUGAGGCAGUGAUACGGGUGUGCUUUGGUCGACCGUCCCUCCAAAGGUCACGCGCUGCAGGUGAGCACAGGUGAUGUCCCGGGUAUGACAGGCUGGCGUUUAGUGACGUCACGACAGCUGGUUCGUCAGUCAGAAAGGCGGGGAGCUGCGGGAGGAGAGCGGCCGUCCUCCCCCCACCCCCUCCCCACCCUCAUCCCUUUUUUCAGGAGCCUUUUUUUCUCUCUCAACUUUCUCCAUCCGCGCGCGCCGCGAACACAUCCAGCCGCGUGAGUGGAUAACGAGGACCCCCCGCCUGUGGAGACUGGCUUCCCACGCGCGGGUGCUGGUGUUUCUGGAUGUCCACGGUUGGAGAUGCGCUGUCAUUCACCGGUGAGCGUCAUGCCGGCUCCCGCCGCUUCCUCCGUCCUUUCUGCCGGUUCGGUGGGACCGUUUCACGUGCGGGGAGGUAAAGUUUGAGAGCAGCUCCUCCGGUUCCGGCUCACCUGGCCGCCCGCUCCGCGGACAGAAGAACUCCCACUGUCAGAACUGCUGAACUGCUGCUCCGCUAUUCAGACGGAUUUCUUUGUGCGCAAUGUUGACGGGGACGGCGUGAGGGAUGUUCGCGCGGACGGUUGGAGCGAGCCCGGAACUGGACGGUUCCGUCCGCCUCUGUUAAGCCGAAUUUCGUGGACUUUGGUGGAAACUCUGAAUCCAGAUGGGAGGAUUCCCGGAGGACUGAGGCGGAUCCGACAGGCAAGAAAAAUGUGGAUAAAACGGAGUGUUACGCGCAGUCAGACCGCCCUGAGGCCAGGCGGCUGUGUGGGGCGCCGGGUGUGGAUCCUGCUGGCCAUGACUCACUUCACCCUGGACUUCUCCGCCUGCAGCCCCCUCAGUCAGGGGGGCAAGCUCACAUCCAAAGCAGCGCCCCGCUCUCGCCCUCGCCUGCAGCCCCUUUGGGAUAUGCCUAAUAAGCUUCAAUGGAGAACAGUGAGCCCUUUGGCCCGUCGGUUCCUCCACCCUGUUCCUCCACCCCAGGACAACAGGUUGGGGGCGGCACAGAAGGUCAAGAAUCAGAGGUUCCAUAAGGCGGCACAUAAAGGACCGACGGUGUGUAAGGAGUGCCCUUUGGGAGACUCUCGGAUGGAGACGGCUGAUCCUCUGACUGGAAGGGAGGAGGUUCCUGCAGCUCCACCCAGGAGGAGGUUCUUCAUCAGAGCUCGGCGGCAGCUCAAGUGGGACAGCUACGACCGUUCUCAGGAGGGCCGGACCACCACGGUGCCAGGAUUUAUUGACUGGGGGCCAACAGGGACAGACAGCGUAGACGACGAUGGCAAAAGGGGGCCCAAUGUAACGCUGUCCACCAGAGCCUCGUCUGUCACCACGGCAACAACCGCUGGCACCACCCCCAGGCUCUCACAAAGGACGUUAACUGUGGUGACCACACCAGAGUCCAGGAGCACCACCAAAUCCCCCCACAGCCACUCAGAGACUGCCACACCACCAAGACAUGGGGACCCCCCAGGUUUGGCAGUUCAUCAGAUAAUCACCAUCACUGUGUCUCUUAUCAUGGUCAUUGCAGCCUUGAUAACUACACUUGUCCUUAAAAACUGCUGUUCGCAGUCUGCAAACGGGCGCCACAAUAGCCAUCAGCGGAAGAUCCACCAGCAAGAGGAAAGCUGCCAGAACCUGACGGACUUCACCCCGGCCCGGGUGCCCAGCAAGGUGGACAUCUUCACUGCCUACAACGACAGCCUGCAGUGCUCGCACGAGUGCGUCCGGACGGCCGUGCCCAUCUACACGGACGAGAUGAUCCAGCAGACGCCCGUCUACAAGACUGCCUACAACGGGAACAGGCCCUCUCCCACCGAAAGGCAACUGAUUCCUGUGGCCUUUGUGUCGGAGAAAUGGUUCGAGAUCUCUUGUUGAUGACCUGGAGGCCUUGAUGAUGUUCUGUUGGAAUGAAAGACAUCUACUGGGGAUCUCCUGGGAAACAAGAAACCCACAAAGCGACUCUUUUUGUAAAAUAGUGUGUGCACUUCUUGGAGGAUGCUGAAGAUUUUUAUUUUUCUAGAGAUUAGAGUUAAAGCAGCUCCAGCGCUGCCGCUCCGUCUCUCCAGGAUCCUGCAGUCAUGUAGAUUUAGGUCAUGUAAAGAUAGAGGAGAAGGAGGCAGACUGUGGUCGUCACGGACGUCCGGGGAGAAGACAGGAGCCUGCAGAGCUGCUUUGGCUGGAAGAUGAACUGUUUCCUGAACAAUGUGCCAAUAAUGCCAAUAUGUGCCACGCCAUGAAGAGAGUCGGACACGGAAGGACUGCGCUGGGAGGGAUGUGGGAACGCCACAUCGACUCCUGCUACGCCGUGGUGUUUUUAUAUGUUUUUUAAAGAAAUGUGAAAGUUCAAAAGGCGAGAAAUGUGUUUGAAAAUAUGUGAAAUCAUUUUAAGAAAUGUGUUUCAAAAGAGUCUAAAAGAUAUUUAUAUGAAUCAUUAUUCUGUCCGUGUGUUGUGGAGCGGUAAAGGCUUUAUUAGAAAGUUGACUUAGACAAUUAUUUAUAUCGGCCACAUUUGAAAUCUUGAGAAAUAUAGUUAUUAUAUUUAUUUUUGUAUACAGAUGAUUAUGUCGGCCCAGCCCUCCGCUAAAACCGCUGGGCACCACAUCAUCUCGCUCUGAGCGGACUGUGUUCCCCCUCAGUUUACCGUCCAAACACCUGGAAGAUGCUGCAGCAGCAUUAACCGCUUUCACGCUGCUGCAACACAGGUAACUGUGCAAAGCAUGCUGGGACUUUCCUGUGGUCUCAGGUGAGCGUGGGCCAGAGUUCAGAUAAAACCUUCAAGUGGGAGAUUCUAAAGCCAAAUUCUAGGAAAUGAAACAUCAUGAGAGUAGGUCCAGAUCAAGGUAGACCAGGUCCAGUCCAGGUCCAGAUCAAGGUAGACCAGGUCCAGUCCAAGGCUGGAGUAGGUCCAGUCCAGGUCCAGAACAAAGUAGUUCUAGUUCAGUUCAGGUCCAGUCGAGGUCUAGAAUCCUGGCUGACUGUUUCCAGUACCGCAGGGGUUUUCUGCCCAAACGCUGAGGGGCGGGGCUACUUCACAGUCUGUCAAAAUAGAUCCAUGACUCCCCCCCUCCCCCCAGAGCUUUGUACCGGGCAUUCAGAAAAAUCUCUCUGCAUUCUCACCUGUCCGUCAAAUCAAGUCCCGCCCCUGGCUGGUUGUGUGGGAGCCUCUGGUUGGUUCUGACCGUCAGGCUGACCUUCGCUGGCCCUGCGCUUCUGCUGGGUCACAGGUUUGAGUCCAAGCAGUUUUACUGGGUGGCAGACUGGAAGUCCAGGCAAAGCGCCCCCCCCCCCCUCGGUGGACCAGUCUGUGUGAGCGUAUAAAAAACACUGUGGUGCAAAUCUGCUGUUUUGGCCCCCAUCACCCCGCCAUGAGCGGCCCGCCCCAGCCUGGCGUGGGCGGGUCACAUCCUUAACGUUUUUUUGAUGGAGAGCGUCCAGAGCGUCGUGGCCGCUGCUGUAUAUUACACAGGUGUACAUGUAUUUUCUAUAUAUUUGCUUGUCUUUGUGCACAGGUUUGUUCUGUUUUUGCUGACCUCUUUCUGUUUGGAAAAGGUUCUGGUUCUGGCCCGGUUGGGGACAGUGUCCUUGUUUACAUGUGUCUCUGCGGUAUUUUCUUUGGAAAUGUGCCACUUUCCAGCAGGACUUGUAUUAUAACUUCAGCCAAGCGAAUCAAACUCCAGUGAACGCAGUAGUGGAUUAAAGAAGGGGGGGCUGUUGGGAUCGGGUUCGGGGUUCUGCUUUUGUCCCGGUCCGCUGGAAAAUAAGCCCUUAUUGGCUUCUUUCAAAGGGGGUGGGGGUUUUAACAGAAUCCAGAACAGGAAGUGCAGCGGCAGAUCCAGGAGAGGAGCUGAGGUCGAUCUGGAGGCGUGGCGUCCGUGUGAACGUGAAGCUCCGCACUGACUGGAAUCAAACCUCCGUCCUCUGAGGUUAGUGCUGAACACUGACAUGGCCUCCAAGAAAACACAGAAUAAGUGCGUCGGUCUGGACUGAGAUGGAGCAAAGUCCUGUUUCCGGGCGUGUCAGGACCCUCACCCCGGUCCCACCUGCAGGGAGACCUUCUGAAGCCUCGGCUUCGGUUCUGCUUCGGUCACCAUGGAGCUUCUGGAAAAUGAAUCACCUCUCACCUUUCUCUGUUCCACUUUGCUGCUGAGAAUUUUUGACAAUCUGCAUGACAGCAUCUUUGUCCUUUUUGUUUCUUUGCUAAAGAGAAAACCUCUGCAGACUCUCCUCACCCUGAUCCCUAGAUGUGAACGUUAGCUCAGAUGUUUGGGUCUGGUUUAUGUUGGCGAGCAGCUGCAGGCGGGAAGAAGCCUUACGUUCAGGAGACCACGGCCGCGAGGCGAGAACAGCCGAGGAUGUCGGCCCUAAAACGCUGAUGAAGCUGAGGAAACGACCCCACACCUCUGAAAGCAUGAAUGUGCUUUCCUGCUGAACGGCAACCAAUGAAAAGGUGGUAAUACUGGACUGAGGAAGCUGCAGAGGGCGGGGCUUUCCCGUUUGUGCCUCUUUGUUGACCCGCAAAACGCCACUCUCCUUUCAGCACCAAGCAGUUAUCCGUCAGGGAGGCUCCGGCUGCCAACAUGAAGGAUGUCCGGCGUUUCUGCGAGCCGUGACUGCUGUUUGCGUGUCAGACGUACGUCCGUGUUCUCGGUCGACGGUGAUUGAAUAUUUCCAAAAUCUGAUCCCCACUUCCUGCCGGCCUGAGGAGAGGCGGAGCGGCUCAUGACGUGGUUUAAUUAAAGCGUGCGGCCGUCCGCUUUGUCCAGGAGACCAUCAAUCUUUCUGAACCCAUUUCAUCGCUUACCUUCCUUUUCUUUUCCCUCAUGAGUCCAGCAGGAUCACACACUGUGCGCUUACGGGGGGGGGGGGCAACGCGGCUCGGUACCGCUCCACCAUUUCCACUUCUUAAGUGUCGGUGCUUCUCCACGCUGUCGGACACGGAACAGACCACUCCUGUGGCGAUCAGAAACGCCUCCAUCCACAUAUGCUUAGACAGCAGCACACGCAGAAGACCCCCAACACACUCCAGAGGUCAGAGGUGAUCGGGUUUAGAUGUUUCAUGUUGUUCAGGGUAGAGAUGUCCACCGUCAAUCACAAACCAUUCUGACCAUAAACAACCUAAAGUUGUGUUGUUGCCAUAAAACUGAAGAGUUUGUACUUUGUGACUCUUUAACCUUUUAUAAUUGUGUUUAAUAUAUCAAUGAGUACCUCUGUUAACUUUUGUAUAAGAUCUAUAAUCUAUAAUCUCACGUCCACCGGAGAGCAGCUCCAGCCCGCCGCUGUGACGCCUUCCUGUUGUAGAAUUUCAUUUUCAGUCGUCUGAACCCCAUUUUUCUUUUGGUAGUUUCUGGUAAACAUUCAGACUUUCAGGUGACUUUGAUUUGUAGUACUAAGCUCUGUAUUUGCAAGCACUGUAAAUGCGAUUCUCAUUGGAUUUGUCUUCUGUACAUUUAGUACUCUGAUGUUACUCUUAAUAAAAGGUUGAAAAUA